UAAGUAAAUAGCUCGUGUAUGAAUGGAUAACAACGUAUAAGAACGCCAUCCAACAAAAUAUAUAUUAUAAGAUAUAUAUUUGAGAAAGGAAAGCAUGUUGUAAGAAUUCUACCAUUGGCUGUACACUCUAGUACUAGUAGCGAGACGGCCUUUGGAACGGCUCAGCUUCCUGUAGGCUCCCAGGACGGGACAAGACUUACUCCAGAAAGAGGUUUUCUUCAACCAGAGAUAAUGAAGAGUUGCAUAUCCAUCCUUACGUUUAUGCUUUUGGUGCUUCUAUCAUUGAAGCCAGCCUACAGCGUGUCUCACCAUCUUGAAACAAUAACUUCCUCCUCGGUUGCAGAAGGAAUAAGAUCUUCUAACAGCUGCUGUGGAGGAUUAGCCAAUGACAUAGCAUCCACACUGACAGCCAUCGAUGGAGAAUAUCAUCCAAGCCUCGUUCAACUGCUCUACGACGAUAAACAUGAAGAAACGGCUGCCGUUUUAUCUCAAACCCUCUCCAGCAAGAUGUUUGGGUUUCUGGUGGUCCAGUAUGAGACGUCGAUUAAAACUACGAAGAAAUUGAUCAGCUCCGCUUGGGGAAAGACGUUGCUUCUGGUCCUCUGCUCCCCUAGCAAAAUCUUGGAUAUAUUCUCUGUGAUUCGUCUCAACUACCUGGACAGUCACUUCGUCAGCUGGCUGCUAGUCCUGAAGGGAAACGAAGACCUGAAUGCAGUUCUCGUCGGUCUCAACAAAGGUCUGGUGUUCGAGGGGACUCGGGUGACCGUCGUUGCCGAAGUGGCGAAAGGAUUACCUCUCGUUUUCACCACUGCAGUUGACAGUGAUGGGAUAACCAGACUCCAUGACCAAGGAAACUGGGGCAAGACUGACGAAUCGAAGACGAAACACUUACUCGACCUUCUGGUACCCGACGAGAAACGUCUCAUCAACAUGAAGGGUCGAGUCCUGAACGUGACCACCCUGGAGAGGAUGCCCCACUUCGGCAUAAGCCCACCCAACCCUGACGGCAGCGUGAACGCUACGGGAGGCUUCGAACUCAUGAUUUUGCAGACGCUCGGAACAAUCUUCAAUUUCACUUUCCGAGUCAUCCUCCCAGCUGAUGGGAGUUUCGGCAAUCCUCUCCCGGACGGGACGGUGACUGGCAUGAUCGGACUGGUGGCACGGCGGGAGGCCAGUCUCGCCUUCGGAGGAGUCACGCUGACUGAUGCAAGAGACAAGGUCAUAGACUUCAGCAUCCCGUUCUACCAAGGUUACCUGUGUAUCUUCUCGACUCCCCCGAAAGAGAAGAACAAAGCCCUGGCCGUUCUCUCCCCUUUCACUUACGAGGUCUGGAUCUGCAUUAUAAUUUCCACGGCGGCCAUAGGGCCCGUCCUCUUCGGGGUGUCCAAGGCUGCCGCGAAGAUGAAGACGAGCGAAUCCUCGCCACUGGAGCAAAGUUACGCCUUCAAUAUGUUCAGGAACAUCGUUAAUCAGGGGAACUCCCUGGAUCUCGGGCUCUGGUCGGAGAGAAUCAUCUUGCUCUGCUGGUUCCUCUUCUGCCUCGUCUGCUCCGCUCUCUAUUCUGGAACGCUGACGGCCGUGUUAGCGGUUCCAGCCUACGAGAAGCCCAUCAAUUCGCUGCAAGAUCUCCCCCAAGCGGUCAAAAGGGGGAUGACACUUCUUGUCAACGGCGCCACCACGCACGAGUUCAUCUUCAAGGAAGCGAAAAGCGGGAUCUUCAAAGACACCUGGGCUCUGUUCAACCACAAGGACAGAUCAGAGAGUUUUAUAGACGGGAUGGAGACUGGAGUUAGCAGGGUGUUGACGGGGAAAUACUUAUACAUCAGCACCGAAAAUAAAGUGAAGUACGUGGCAGCUCCCUUUGGUUUGGGAAACUUCCACGUGGGAACACAGAAGUUCUUCUUCCACAACCUUGGCAUGGCCAUCAGUUCUGGGGUUCCCUACAGGUCGCACUUCGACAAGAUGUUGAUGAGAAUGAUGGAGGGCGGUCUCAUUAUCAAGUGGGACAACGACAUAUUUUGGAAGCUGACGCAGUCGUCGCCGAGAAGCACCGACGGAGAGAACCAAUCCAGUACUUCGGCAAUUACUCUCAAACAUCUUCAGGGCGCAUUUCUUGUGGUAGUAUUUGGGUAUGUCAUAGCAGCUCUGGUACUGGCCCUGGAAAACGCAGCCGUCCUAAUCAAGGGAAAAUUGUGCUAAUAGUUGAAGCAGAUUUUGGGAAAACUGGAAAGUAGGACUGGAGGUCAUUCUUCGUCACCUGAGUCAUGGAAAUCCUGCAAAUGAAUCCUGAGGUCUGGAUUCCAUUUUAGGGUGAGGAAGAGGUCACAUAUCUGCAUUGAACGCAAAAUACACUCAGUCAAGUUAGGUUACCUUCAAAGGUAUUACUGUACAGAGGUUUUAAGUGACAAAAAUGUGUAUUUUAAACAAUUCUAAAUCUCUGAAGUAAUACUGAUUGUUACGAGCAUCAGUUGCUCAUGGAUGUAUUGUUUAAAGUUUGCAAUAAAGUUCU